GCUUUAUCAGAGGAGAGAGCAGGAGAGAGAGGAGACAGCGAGCGAAUCGACGAAUCCGUGUAGCAACAGCGAAUGAUUGUGCGCAAGGGGGGUGGGACGUGGAGCGCGGCAGCGGACAGCGUCGUCGUCGGUAGAUCGGGCGGAACGGUGAAUCGCGCUCAGUGAGAAUUUCUCUUGUCGUCGAGGUGUGGGACAAAGGCGGCAACGGUGGUGCUCCACGAACGGACACGAAGGUGGUGACGCGGUCGCGGCGGGCCGCGGGUAGACACGAGGGCGUUCGCGGGGCUGCGGCGCGGCAGUGGUGGUCGAACAGGGGGCAAAGGAGCAGAGCGGGCUCGCGGAGAGGAGAGUGGUGGGGGCGACGUGUGAGUGUGUGCGGCGGCGGCAGUGUGAGGUUGGUCGGUACGCGUCCGUCGCUGGGUAUCCGUCUUACGUGCUGGAGUCGUCGCCGUCGGCGCCGAGAUUCGGCAUUCGAGAUUUGGCGAGGAGCCGUGUGUGCGGCGUGGUGACGAGCGCGGGCGAGAAAAGCGGUGGCGAGCAGAGAAGAAAGAAAGAGAAAGAGAGUGAGAGGGAUAGAGCGAGGGAGUGAAAAGAGGGAAGGGUGAGAGAGUGAGAGAGAGAGAAAAAAAGAGAGUGUGUGUGUGUGUGAGUGAGAGCACAAUCAGGGGAAAUAAUCGACGGCACAUAAUCCGACGUCCCCGUGAACACGUCCGUCAAGUCCUCCGAUGUCUAGUGCUGAGGUGGCGGAGAGCUCCGUUGAUCCCCCAGCCAAGAAGCGACGCGUUGGUGCUGCCAGCACGACGGGAGGAGCCGACGACGAGCUGACGACGACGAACGUGGCGGAGAUGGACGUAGACAUGGCGAAGAACGGCUCCACGAGCAGCGGCAGCGGCGGCGGCAUCACCACCGGUCGGGCGCCCGCAGAGAUCGACGAGGGUUUAUAUUCACGGCAGCUCUAUGUCCUUGGACACGACGCCAUGCGCCGCAUGGCGUCCUCGGACGUGCUCAUCUCCGGCCUGGGCGGCCUCGGCGUCGAGAUCGCCAAGAACGUCAUCCUCGGCGGCGUCAAAUCCGUCACGCUGCAUGACCAUGCCGCGUGCAAGCUGGCCGAUCUGGGCUCACAGUUUUAUCUCACCGAGGCGGACGUAGGUAAGAAUCGCGCGGCGGCAUGUUGUCAACGUUUGUCAGAGCUGAACAAUUACGUGCCUACUCGUCACUACUCCGGUCCUCUGAGCGAGUCAUAUAUCCAACAAUUUAAGGUCGUGGUGCUGACCGAAACACCGCUGGCCGAGCAGCUACGUAUCUCGCAAAUCACCCACGCCAACAAUAUCGCUUUAAUACUCGCCGAUACCCGCGGCCUCUUCUCGCAGGUAUUCUGUGACUUCGGCGAAACGUUCACAGUGGUGGACACGAAUGGUGAACCACCGGUGAGCGCGAUGAUCGCCAGCAUCUCUCGCGACAGCGAGGGCGUUGUUACAUGCCUGGAUGACACACGCCAUGGCAUGGAGGAUGGUGACUAUGUGACUUUCUCUGAGGUGCAGGGCAUGACCGAAUUAAAUGGGUGUGAUCCAAUUAAGAUCAAAGUGUUGGGACCAUACACUUUUAGCAUUGGCGAUACCUCUAGGUUUUCUGAGUACGUGCGCAGUGGUAUCGUGACCCAGGUGAAGAUGCCCAAAACUUUACAUUUCGCGUCAUUGCAAACGGCCCUGAAGAAACCUGAGUUUGUCAUCACAGACUUUGGUAAAUUCGACUAUCCGGAACAGCUACAUCUAGCUUUCCUGACGCUGCAUCAAUACAUAGCCAAUAGAGGUACAUUGCCACGGCCGUGGAACCAGUCGGAUGCUGACGAGUUUAUCGCCAUUAUUGAACAGAUCAAGGACAACUACGGUUUUGAUACUGAGAUUAACAAUGAGUUGUUACGUACGUUUGCCAAGGUGUCCGCUGGCGAUUUGAACCCCAUGAACGCCACGAUUGGCGGUAUUGUUGCCCAGGAAGUGAUGAAAGCCUGCUCCGGCAAGUUCCAUCCUAUCUAUCAAUGGUUAUACUUUGACGCCAUCGAAUGUCUGCCCGUUGACCGCUCAGAGCUUACCGAGGAGGAUUGCUGUGCUACGGGAUCUCGUUAUGAUUCUCAGGUGGCUGUUUUUGGUAAGAAUUUCCAGUCCAAGAUCGGCAGUUUGAAAUACUUUGUGGUCGGUGCCGGCGCAAUUGGUUGUGAAUUAUUGAAAAACUUCGCGAUGAUUGGCGUUGGAGCGGAGAACGGUUGUGUCACGGUUACGGAUAUGGACUUGAUCGAGAAAUCCAAUUUGAAUCGACAGUUUCUGUUCAGGCCGUCAGAUGUGCAGCAAUCUAAGUCGUCGACGGCGGCCAGAGUCAUCAAGGGCAUGAAUCCCGACAUGAAGGUGGUCGCGCACGAGAAUCGGGUGUGUCCGGAGACAGAGAAGAUCUAUAACGAUGAUUUCUUCGAAGUACUGGACGGUGUGGCAAAUGCACUCGAUAACGUAAACGCUCGUAUUUACAUGGAUCGUCGUUGCGUAUACUAUCGUAAACCCCUAUUGGAAUCUGGUACGCUUGGCACUAAAGGCAACACCCAAGUGGUGGUGCCGUUCCUCACUGAAUCAUACAGUUCGUCGCAGGACCCACCGGAAAAGAGCAUUCCUAUCUGUACUCUCAAAAAUUUCCCCAAUGCUAUUGAACAUACUCUACAAUGGGCUCGCGACACCUUCGAAGGCCUGUUCCGUCAAUCUGCGGAGAAUGCAGCGCAGCAUAUUUCCGACCCGCAGUUUGUCGAACGAACGCUCAAGCUGCCCGGUGUGCAGCCCCUUGAGGUUUUAGAAUCUGUUAAGAUAGCGCUAGUCGACGAGAGGCCGAACAACUUUGCUGAUUGUGUGGCAUGGGCUCGUUGCCACUGGCAAGAACAAUAUAGCAAUCAAAUCCGUCAACUGUUAUUCAACUUUCCACCGGAUCAGGUGACCUCGAGCGGUCAGCCUUUCUGGUCUGGCCCGAAACGCUGUCCAGAUCCGUUAGUUUUCGAUGUCAACGACUCCCUACAUAUGGAUUACAUUGUUGCCGCUGCCAAUCUCAAGGCUAAAGUUUACGGAAUACCCACGAAUCGUGAUAGAGAAGAGAUCGCUAGGAUCCUUGCCACUGUCAAAGUACCAGACUUCACACCCAAAUCCGGCGUGAAGAUCGCUGAAACAGACUCACAGGUGCAAGUGUCAAACGGCAGUGGUAACAUCGACCAUGAACGACUGUCGCAGCUGCAGGAAGAGCUGCCGAAGAUGGAGGAUCUGAACAGCAUGGUGAUUUACCCACAGGAAUUUGAAAAAGACGACGACACCAAUUUCCACAUAGACUUCAUUGUUGCGGCAUCGAAUUUGCGUGCUACCAACUACAAAAUCUCGCCGGCGGAUCGGCAUAAGAGCAAACUAAUCGCUGGCAAGAUUAUUCCAGCGAUUGCAACUACCACUUCGGUGGUAGCUGGUCUCGUCUGUCUGGAACUGUACAAGCUGACGCGCGGAGUUCGUGACUUGUCGCUUUACAAGAACGGCUUUGUGAACCUGGCGCUACCGUUCUUCGGUUUCAGCGAACCGAUUGCUGCUCCCAAGCUCAAGUACUACGACAUCGAGUGGACAUUGUGGGAUCGUUUUGAAGUAAAAGGCGAAUUAACAUUGAAGGAAUUCCUUGACUACUUCAAAGAACGUCACAAUCUGGAAGUGACAAUGUUAUCGCAAGGUAUCUGCAUGCUGUACUCGUUCUUCAUGGCGAAGCUCAAGUGCCAAGAGCGUAUGGGCCUGCUCAUGUCAGAGGUGGUGAAGAAGGUGUCGAAGAAGAAGUUGGAGCCACAUGUGCGCGCUCUCGUGUUCGAGCUGUGCUGCAACGACGAGGACGGGAACGACGUCGAAGUGCCGUAUGUGCGCUACACUCUACCCUGACUCGCCCGCGUGGCCCUCGAUCGCGUCAGAUGAUGUCUACUUAACUGAGACACUUAGCCGUACAUAGUGAUUUCUACAAAUUUCUAUUUUACGACGAUGUAAUACAUACAGGAGACAUUACUGCUACUGUCCUCGUCUAUGAAUGUCUAUAUGAGGCACACUUUCUUUCUACAUAUAUACAUAUUUCUUUUUUUUUGCUGUCAGAGAUGCAAUUUCUCACGUUACUACCGCCAGCGCUUAGUAGUAGUGAUUUUGAGCAGCGAGUGCGCGCAAUAGCAAAAUCGGAUUCUUCGUUUUAUUUAGGGAAUAACAUUUGCAAAUAAUUUUGGACACCAGGUUUUUUCGAUUAGUUAUCACGAACAUACCGGAUUAUGAUAUCAGAAGUAUAAAAUUGUACCUUUUUUAAUUGUUUUUCACUCAAAUUAACAUCGAAUAUCCGAUUUCCUUAUUUCUAUGAAACAUUUCAUGGUCAAAUUCUUUUUUUUUUAUAGAGAUAAUAUGGAUAAUAUUAAAACAAUAGAUAGCAAUAAUAAGAAAAAAAAAAAUUAAUUCAUGAUGUAUCGUGAACUUGCUAUUUAAGUCAAAUUAAUGAACUAUAGACAGUGUAGACUCGUUAAUUUAUUAAGUUCUAAAAAGUUAUAUUUGCGUAUACACACAAAUUUCUCACUAUUUCCAAAUUUAUAUCUUGAUACAAGUGAAAAUAGAUCGGUUUCUCACUUCUCUGAUGUCAUAAUCCGAUAUACACAAUCGCAACAAGCAAAUCUGCGGAGUCUUUCGCUUCUCGGCUAAAUUCAAUUUUCGUCUUUCACUCGAGUGGUAUUUUAUUUUGACCGGUUUGCUCGCGAUGCGUUCCAACACGAUUGCGAUUGAAUAGGGGAAAAGAAAGAAGAGAAAAUAGAAGCGAAUACCAAAUUUCUACGAGGAGGAAGAGGAGGAGGAAGAGGAUAUCUUUGAUGGGAUUUUUUUCGGCUCACUCCGCAAACGCGCGUGUCGCUUCGUUCUGUAGACUCCGUUCUGUAGACUCCGAUGCAAAUCAAACUGGAGAAAGAUGAAACUCCUCUAUUUUAUCUGUUGAGGUUCCUUUGUUCAUUGUAUUAUCAAACUUAGUCCCGUAGAAAGAUAUGUGAAUAAUCAGUCGAGUUAAUAAUGAACGCAACAAUA